AUGUUACGGGGGUCGUGGUCUUGGAUAGUAGUGGCAUCGCGCUCCAGCUUCUAUCACUUCUGCUUCCUCUGUCUCUGUUCGUGGACUGACGCUUUAGACGUAAAAUAUAGCUACACCCACCACGCACCAGCGAUGCCUCAGGUCGGACCUUUCUCAAUUCCUUAAGAGAUCGGGUCCUGUUGGUGUCGAACUCGGUUCGAUGUAAGUAGCAGACUGGUCAGCUUGGUGUGCCGUCCUUUGUGGCUUUCGUCGACUGCGCCCGGCGACGGGGAGAUGGAGCCGCGUUCAAAUAAGUGGGUGAGUGAAUAAAUGAGUGCAAUUAUUAAUGGGAAAUGUGUUUUUGGUUAUUUUGGAAGCAACCUUACCAAGCGCAACUAGUUGUAUUGGUGACAUUAAUGGAAUGGACAUGGAUGCAUUUAAAUUUUUU